UAAGCCUCCACCGCCCCCCCCCCCCCCGUGACACCGAGUCCCCAGGCACCUCACGCCCCGCCUCCCCUGCCCCGUGCACCGCCCGGAGCCGGCUCGCAGAGCGCGGGGAGCAGCGCACGCCGGCCCGGCCGCCCCCCAGCUCAGAGACUGUCCACCGGAAGGCCUUGGUCCCGCAGCUUGUGUGUGUGAGUGCAGUGUGCGUGUGUGCCGCUCACUGAAAUAAAAGGAAAACACUGACAAGAAGGGAAACAGAGUCCCCACAGCACCACCACUGCCCUCAACCCCCUCUCUCCUCCUCACGGGGAAGGAGGACGCGCUGAGCCAGGGACGCGCUAAAGGGCAGAAACGAGAGCCCCGACAGCCACGGUCACAGUUGCGGGGUGGGGAUCGGGGCUCCACACGUGUGGGGGCUGACGGGCACCUGACUCCUACUCCCAAUUAGAGCUUCCACCUGCACCUAGCAAAGCCCGUGGUGGCAACAUUGAUGCUUUUGUUGGUUAAACAUUGCUCUUUGCAAGCUCCUCUUUGAAACAAAAAUACUUGGGAGGUAGCAAUGUUAAAUCCUUCAAGAGGGGUAAACGAUGAAAGGUCAGAUCAGAAUCCAGAGAGCCAGAGACGGUAAAUCCAGGCAAGAUCCCACACGCCCUAGAAAGCACGCCUGUCGCGAGCGCCACCCCACAAAGCACUUUUUAAAAAGUGUUCUGUUUUUGUCUUUUUGUUCAAGUAAGACGCUUGUAUUUAACUUUUUGUUGGGCCAUGACUGUGGAUUUAUAGUAGGUUGCAAAGAUACUGUAGAGAAAUCCUGUACCCUCCACCCAGUGUCCCCCUUGCAUUUUCCAACACCGAAGCUUGAUAUCAGAAGCAGGAAGUGGACAUGAGUACCGUGUGUGCGUGGUUCCCUGUCAUUUUGUCACCCAUGUGAGAUCUGUGCACCCGCCACACUGCGGUCAAGGUGCAGUGCCUCCAGUUACCACAAAGCUCCCCCUUCAUCGUCACCCCCCCACCCUGGAGGCUUCUUUGAAAGAAUGGAAAUCCUGAGAGAGGGACCAGGGACCGGAAAUGGGUCCUCAGGCCAGAGGUUAGAGGUGAGAGUUCAACUCUCUGGGGAAGAAAAGACAAGCACGUCCACUGCAGUCUGCUCCGGGAAAGACAUAUUUGGUUUCAGACUGGCUGUCCUGAGUCACCCAGACGGGGGUUCCCCAUACAGUUGUGCUUCCUCCCCUCCCUCUGUGCUGCUGGAAUCAUUUGGCGAGGUGCUUGGAAAUGCCCUGACAUCCUGAGUCUGGAAUGAAACGUGGGGGUGACCAGGGCAGACCUUGGGUUCAGUGGGUCGAGCCACCACCUAGUGCCCACCUUGCCUUGUCCAGCAGACCUGUGCCCCAUGACUCCUUUAGCCACUUGACACAAGGAGGGUUCCUCCAUUUGUACUUUCUGCUCCGAGCUGAAAACUGUCAGGGCAGACCUGCUGCAUGACACCCUAGAGGUAAAAUAUAAAAAGGUAAGACAGGGUCCUAGGAUCGGAUAGAGGGAGACCUACCCUGGUUUCCAGGAAGCUCUCAGUAUGAUGAGAUCGAAAGGCUUAAAGAGACCCAAGUCUGAUGGAGGAGACAUAAGAUCAGCUCCGUGGGGGCUCAGAGUCUAGGGGCAGUGACAAGAGGCAAUGCUCCAAAAGGGCAUGACAAAGGGAAGACACCAGAUGUGUGGUGAAUCCAGAGUGCUGGAGGAUUCAGGGAAGGCUUCCUGUAGGAGGUGGCCCUGAAGCUGGCAGAAGAAUGAUCCUCUAUAGAUGUUCAAAAAAAGAUGAUGAUGGAAUGGUGCAGGGGAAGAAGUACCCGGGUACGAUCAGGGCAAGGGGUGCAGGGUGAGGGCAGGUCAGGGGAGACAGUGAGGAAGCGACGUGAAGAGAGGGCAGCCUGCCAGAAAGUGCAUGUGGUGCGGAGACCAGGAAGAGAUGUGGUCUGGAGCAAGGGGCUGUGAGAGCACCUGGAGUUCCAGGGGGAGGAGCUGAGUUCAUACUGGCUGCAGGCUGGGGGUGAACGAAAAGCCAAAUUCAGAGGUUAGAGGGCCAGCCUUACCCCUGCACGCCUCCCCUCCCCUCUGCUGCUGCGGCAGGUGGCUUAGGGCCCCUCCCAGAUCUGGAAGAGCUCCAGGACCCGAUUUCCCUGUUUACAGUCAACUCAGGGAGGACGGGAGUGGCGAGGGGAGGGGUGGCCACCGGGGCGGUCUGAUCAGUUCUCUCCGGCUCAGGCCUGGCUUGAAGAGUUUGCGCUCGCCACCAGCAGGCUCAGGUCCUCAGCUCCCAGGCUGCCGCCUCGCCAUGGACACAAGGGUAGGCAGUAGGCCCGGGGGGCUCCCCGGCAGUGGCUGUGACCUGGGCAGAGCCCGGGAACACAUGCAAGCGGUCACCCGAAACUACAUCACCCACCCCCGUGUCACCUACAGGACGGUGUGCGGCGUCAAUGGGCCCCUGGUGGUGCUGGACCAGGUCAAGUUUGCACAGUAUGCUGAGAUCGUCAACUUCACCCUUCCUGACGGCACUCAGAGAAGCGGGCAGGUGCUGGAGGUGUCUGGGACCAAGGCAAUUGUUCAGGUGUUUGAAGGAACCUCUGGGAUCGAUGCCCAGAAGACCACCUGUGAAUUCACAGGGGACAUCCUACGGACUCCAGUGUCAGAAGACAUGCUGGGUCGGGUCUUCAACGGCUCCGGCAAGCCCAUUGACAAGGGGCCAGUGGUCAUGGCAGAGGACUUCCUGGAUAUCAAUGGCCAGCCCAUCAACCCCCAUGACCGCAUCUACCCAGAGGAGAUGAUUCAGACGGGCAUCUCUCCCAUCGACGUCAUGAACAGCAUUGCCCGUGGUCAGAAGAUCCCCAUCUUCUCAGCAGCCGGGCUCCCCCACAAUGAGAUUGCCGCCCAGAUCUGCCGCCAGGCUGGGCUGGUGAAGAAGUCCAAGGCUGUGCUGGAUUACCACGACGACAACUUUGCCAUUGUCUUUGCGGCCAUGGGGGUGAACAUGGAGACAGCCAGGUUCUUCAAGUCUGACUUCGAGCAGAACGGUACCAUGGGGAAUGUCUGCCUCUUCCUGAACUUGGCCAACGACCCCACGAUCGAGCGCAUCAUCACCCCACGCCUGGCACUGACCACUGCUGAAUUUCUUGCCUACCAGUGUGAGAAGCACGUGCUGGUCAUACUGACCGACAUGAGUUCCUACGCAGAGGCCUUGCGGGAGGUCUCAGCUGCCAGAGAGGAAGUGCCGGGCCGCCGAGGCUUCCCGGGAUACAUGUACACAGACCUGGCCACCAUCUAUGAGCGGGCAGGCCGCGUGGAGGGCCGGGGAGGGUCCAUCACUCAGAUCCCCAUCCUCACCAUGCCCAAUGACGAUAUCACCCACCCAAUCCCAGACCUGACGGGCUUCAUCACAGAGGGACAGAUCUACGUGGACAGACAGCUUCAUAACAGACAAAUCUACCCCCCCAUCAACGUGCUCCCUUCCCUGUCGCGGCUGAUGAAGUCUGCCAUUGGGGAGGGCAUGACGAGAAAGGACCAUGGAGACGUCUCCAACCAACUGUAUGCUUGCUACGCCAUCGGGAAGGACGUGCAGGCCAUGAAAGCAGUGGUGGGGGAGGAGGCGCUCACUUCAGAGGACCUGCUCUAUCUGGAAUUCCUGCAGAAGUUCGAGAAGAACUUCAUCAACCAGGGCCCCUACGAGAACCGCUCGGUGUUUGAGUCCUUGGACCUGGGCUGGAAGCUGUUGCGCAUCUUCCCCAAGGAGAUGCUGAAGCGCAUCCCGCAGAGCGUGCUCGAUGAGUUCUACUCCCGCGAGGGGGCGCCGCAGGACCCCGCGUCCGACACUGCGCUCUAGCCCCACCCAUAGCGGACCCCGGAGCUCGUCCCGGAAGCCCCUGCUCUACGCCGGUUCUACGCACGCCUCCGUGUCUUCCAAGGUCCCACACACCUGAACCAACCGCUUGAGUGCCCACUGUCAGCUACCCACCCCAACCACACCCCCUCCGCCUCGAGGCGGGGGUGGGGGGAGGGGGCUCCCACGCUUCAUCCCUCUCCCUGGAUUCCCCGCACUGGGAAAGAACAAAAGGCUGUUAACGCCUGUAUUAAGCACAUGAGAAUCACCUAGAGAACUUUACAAAAUACCAAGGCCCAGGCUCCAAACCAGAUCAGUUAUCUGAAUCUGGAGGCAGGAUUCCUCUGCACUGGUAUUUUCCCCCCAGGUACAGCUGGAGUUGCAACCACUAGUUUAGAGGCUGCAAGAUAACCCAGGUAAAGACAAUGAGGGUGCACUUGAAGUCCUGAGACACUCUCCAACCCGACAUACACAUAGGGUUUUGUUGUCAUUCUUAGGACCCUAAUACCUCCAAAGCAACAGCCCACAGAAUCCCCCAACUGCCAGGAAAUCCUCAAGCUUUGUCCCUGCAAAGCAUUAUCACUUCAUCUUAAUUUGAAGC